UUUCUGAUCUAAUACUAUUCAGAUGGCUCCAAAGGGAGAUAAUGUUGUAGUCUCUAGCGUAAACCUUGAGAGGAUUUUUAGCAUGAAAGGAGGCAAAGGAGAAGCCAGUUAUGCCAACAAUUCCCAAGCCCAGGCCAUUCAUGCAAGAUCUAUGCUUCACCUUCUCAAGGAAACCCUAGACAGUGUUCAGCUCAGUUCUCCUGAUGAACCAUUUGCGGUUGUGGACUUGGGCUGCUCGAGCGGAAGCAACACCAUCUACAUCAUCGAUGUAAUCAUCAAGCACAUUACGAAGCGCUACGAGGCCUCCGGUAUUGACCUGCCAGAGUUCUCGGCAUUUUUCUCGGACCUCCCUAGCAAUGAUUUCAACACCCUGUUCCAGCUCCUCCCUCCUCUCGCCACCUACGGGGCCGGGAGCAUGGAGGAGUGCCUCGCCGCCGAUAACCACCGCUCGUACUUUGCGGCCGGGGUUCCGGGUUCCUUUUACCGGAGGCUUUUCCCGUCCAGGUCGAUUGACCUCUUUCACUCGGCGUUUUCCCUGCAUUGGCUUUCUCAGGUGCCGGAGAGUGUAGUGGACAAGGGAUCGCCGGCGUACAACAAAGGCAGGGUGUUCAUCCACGGUGCGGAGGAGUACACUGCCGCGGCUUAUAAGAAGCAAUAUCAGAAAGACCUAGCAAAUUUCCUGGGAGCAAGAUCAAAGGAGAUGAAGAAAGGUGGCUCCAUGUUCCUGGUUUGCCUCGGCAGGACCUCCGUCGACCCCACCGACCAGGGUGGUCCGGGAAUUCUCUUCGGGACCCACUUUCAGGAUGCUUGGGACGAUCUUGUCCAAGAGGGUCUUAUCACUGCUGAGAAACGUGACACUUUUAACAUUCCGGUGUAUGCAUCAAGUUUACAAGACUUCAAAGAGGUUGUAGACGCCGACGGCUCAUUCGCCAUUAACAAGCUCGAGAUUUUCAAAGGAGGGAGCCCCCUUGUUGUGAACCAACCCGAUGAUGCAGCCGAAGUAGGUCGAGCCCUCGCCAACAGCUGCCGGAGUGUGGCUGGAGUCCUCGUUGAUGCACACAUUGGCGAGAAACUCAGCGAUGAACUAUUUCUGCGAGUAGAUAAGAGAGGCGCAUCACAUGCCAAAGAGCUGCUAGAGAAGCUACAAUUCUAUCACAUAGUGGCGUCACUUUCAUUUUCAUAAGCAAUGAUCACGUAAUUUAUCUUAUUGUCUACGAUGUGAACUACGACUGCGGUACAAAUAAUUAUUUUUAUUUUUUAUGCGUAGUAGCCAGAAGAAGUAGAUAACACAAAAGAAAAAAGAAAGAGAGAGAGAGGGUUGGCUUAAUCCUCUUCUCUGUCUCGAUCUUUUGUGUGUUUGUUUGUGCUA